AUAACCUUCUUCUCUGUCUCUCACUCUGCUUUCGUGUCUAAAAGCCUCCAGCGAACUGAAAGCAGCAACAGGAAAGAGAGAAGAGAACAAGCAAAAGAGAGAGAAGGAAGUGGAAAUGAAAGGAGCGGAGUUAGAUUUACCAGCUGGGUUCAGAUUUCACCCAACAGAUGAUGAAUUGGUGAAUCAUUACUUGUGUCGCAAAUGUGCAGGACAGUCGAUUUCUGUUCCUAUUAUUGCUGAGAUUGAUCUUUAUAAGCAUGAUCCAUGGCAGCUUCCAGAAAUGGCUUUAUAUGGUGAAAAAGAGUGGUACUUCUUUUCUCCAAGGGAUAGAAAAUAUCCAAACGGGUCAAGGCCGAACCGUGCUGCUGGAAGCGGGUACUGGAAAGCAACAGGAGCGGAUAAACCCAUCGGUAAACCCAAACCGCUUGGAAUAAAGAAAGCACUGGUGUUUUAUGCUGGCAAAGCCCCGAAAGGAAUCAAGACUAACUGGAUCAUGCAUGAGUAUCGUCUUGCCAAUGUUGAUAGGUCUGCUGGCAAGAAAACCAACCUCAGGCUUGAUGAUUGGGUACUAUGCCGAGUAUACAACAAGAAAGGAAGCAUGGAGAAGCAUCAGCCUGUUUCAGAUAGAAAAUUGUUAAAAUACCCAGAAGCGGAGGAAGAUCAGAAGCCCGACAUUUUAAUAUAUGGGGACAAAGCAAUUUCAACGUUCGGACCAUCAAUUAUGAACGACAGUAGCAAUAAUGAUUUACUAGCACAUAUGGAUACAACAUCUGAUUCAGUACCCAGGUUGCAUACAGAUUCAAGUUGCUCGGAGGAGCACGUGCUAUCACCUGAGAAGGAGGUACAAAGUGAACCCAACUGGAAUGCGCUGGACAGUAAUGCCUUAGAUUUUGGUUUCAAUUACCUAGUGGACGGUGGUUUUCAAGAUUAUGACCCUUUUGCUUCGCAAGUUCAGUUCCAAAUGGACCAACUCUCACCCCUUCAGGACAUGUUCAUGUUUCUACAGAAGCCAUUUUGAUCAUCGUCAUCGCAUCACUUCCCAAAUAAAAGAAAAUCUAUUUUGUUAUUGGGAAUUAGUUAGUAUCUGGACCCACAAUUCAAAAUAGUCUGCACGUGUGGGUGACAUUUUGGACUUGCUGACAUUGGCAAAGUAGAAGGCAGAUAUAUGGGGGUUGGUGCAAUCAGAUGCUUUUUACUGCAAGUAAGAAGGCUGUGAUUCAGUUUGUGAACCUAUUUCAUGUUAAUAUGUAAUGAUUACAGUAGGAUAAUUCUUAUCUGUAAGGAUUAUAGAACCAAUUUAUUUGAUUAAUUGAUGACAAAAUUCCCAUGA